AUGCGUCGAUUCUGUCGACUGCUAUUUUUAAAUUCCCUACUUUCCAUAUCGAUUUGUAAAGCUCAAAAUCCGGCACAUUUGGUGGCUGAUGAAUUUAAGGAGCAUUUUAACGUCGAAGAAAAGCAGCUGGAAACCGUGGAAGAGCUUCUCUUGAAAAUGAAAAAAUUGGCACAUUCCAGAAGUUUCGCUGGCAGAGAAUUCGGACAUGAUGCCGUCGAAGAUUCGAAAAAAGAAGUUGCUAUCAGUACGCAACAAGGUACCAUUGAUAAAAAAGUCUCGCCAUUUUUGUUUGAAGGAGACAUUUUCCUAUCCCGCCGUCAAGCUGUGGAUAUUCUGAAGGCAUUGUCAAAGGAUAAGACUAAACGAUUGAGAAGAUCCUUCGUCUCCGAUAAAACUGCCACGUGGAAGUCGUUACCUAUCAAAUAUCGAUUCCAUGAGAGUAUUGAUUUCUAUACCAUCAGCCAAAUUAUCGCAGCCAUCAGAUUUUGGGAAGAUUCCACGUGUAUCACUUUUGAAAAUGUGUCAGAUGCACCAGUAGGAGAUUAUAUCGAAUUUUUCAGUGGUCAAGGAUGCUACUCAAUGAUUGGACGAAACGGAGGUCGUCAGGGUAUUUCGAUUGGAGAAAGUUGUGUGAAAAUGGGCGUUAUUGAACACGAAAUCGGACACGCACUUGGUUUAUGGCAUGAACAGAGUCGACCCGACGCGUUGGGUUAUGUUUCGAUCGAACGAGACUUCAUCCUUCCAUCAUAUAUCAGUGAUUUCCUACAACGUGACGAUGAAAUCGAUACAUUGGGAAUACCGUAUGACUUGGGAUCUGUGAUGCACUACGGUAGUACAGCGUUCAGUGUAGAUCAAAAGAGUAAAACUGUGGUCACGAGGGAUUCAUUGUAUCAGCAGACAAUUGGACAACGCGAGAAACUGUCAUUUUAUGAUGUGGCAACCAUUAAUACUGCUUAUUGCAAAGAAGAAUGCAAAUCGGAAAAAACAGAAUGUGAGUACGGUGGAUAUAUGAGACCAUCCAAAUGCUCGGAAUGCCUGUGUCCAGACGGUUUAGGCGGAGAAAAAUGUGAGAAAAAUGAGGAUGCGAAAAACGCCGAAUGCGGUGGAAUCCUUGAGCUUUCCGAUGAAUGGAAGACGAUAGAAUCUCCAAACUAUCCGGAUCCCGGAUACGAAGCUGAUCAGAAAUGCUCGUGGCUCUUGAAAGCUCCAAAAGGGAAACGAGUCGAAAUAGAAUUUAUCGAGGAUUUCUCUUUCCUUUGCACAUCGACGUGUGUGGAUUUUGUCGAGCUCAAAAUUUCGGACGAUUUGAGAAAUACUGGAUUUAGAUUCUGUUGCUACGACAAGCCAGAAAUCAGUUUUGUCUCUCAAAUCGACACCGCAAUUGUCAUUUUCCGAUCUCAACUAUCCGCAGACAUCGGAUUCAAAAUCCAAGUCCGAUCCACAGAAUCCGAGCCACGCACGACAAUUGCGCCAACUAUUAUUACUACCACAAUGGCCCCAAUUACGGUAGACACUCCAAAUGUGUGGGCGGAUUGGGGGGAAUGGUCAAUGUGCUCUAGGACUUGUGGUGGUUGUGGAAUUCGGAGUCGCGUCAGAUCGUGUAGGUCCAAAAAAUGCGAAGGACGUCGUCAAGAGUUUGGAACCUGUAAUCUGAAGGCGUGUCCUGUGGAUAAGCAUUGUGCCAAACUGUUGUCCAACAAUCGGUUGUGCAAUGGAAAAGUUUGUACAAAAAAUGAUAUUGCAAUAUCCUCAUGUGAUGCACCUCAAUGCUGUCCUCCAUUUGUCAAUGUGGAUGGAAUGUGCCAAUCGGAUCAGGAGAAUCAUCAUGACGAACUUUGGCUCUCGAUUUAG